AUGGCCUCUCCUCGUGCUGCUUCUCCCAUGACCUCCGGUGCUGAGUCCGGUCCCGACUCCAAGGCUGGCGGCGCCGCCGUCGCCUCUGGAUCUGCCGCUUCCGUGAACCGCCCUUCCUCUCCGACUCCUCCUGGUGGUCCCCGGGCUGCUAUGCGUCGUCGCGCGGCCGCCGACCACAAGGAGUCCCUCCGCAAUGCCCGUCCCAGCUCGACUCGCGCGGCCGGUGCCGGCGGUUCUUCGGGCACCAUGCUGAAGCUCUACACUGACGAGAGCCCCGGUCUGCGCGUCGACCCCGUCGUGGUUCUGGUUCUGAGCUUGGGAUUCAUUUUCUCCGUUGUUGGUCUGCAUGUCAUCGCCAAGAUCACCCGCAAGUUCUCCUCGUAA